AUGAACCGGAACAAUCAGAACCUCACGAUAGGCCGUCUGCCUACCGCAGACAGUUUUCCUACCUUUAACAUCCAGGGACCGGAAUCCCCGGCGUCGGAAGAGUCGAUUUCGAGUGCGGAGGAGAGGCUGCAAUGGCGGAGUCACUCCAACGUCGCCACCCCCCUUCCUCAAUCAACUGACCAGAACCCCUUUGACGAUCCCAAUCUUGGCUUUGCAACAUCACCGCUCAGCUAUGCUGGCAGCGAAGCCCGAGCAAAUGGCGUGAAGGAGCAAAUUAAAGAGGAGGAAGAAGAGAGAGAGUACCACGGACCCGACAGCGAGAAUGCCGACACAACCUCGACGAUCAAGUCUGAGCAACCGCGCAACCCUAGAGCCCUGACUGCCGUCGCCAGCAGAGGCAGCACGAAACGCAGCGCUUACGAUAGCCAGGAUGCAGACGCGUACGAGAAGAGGAAGAAGCUGAGCUUCAAAGAACGCAUACGCCAUUUCACCUGGACCUGGUUUUGUCUUACCAUGGCUACGGGAGGCAUUGCGAAUGUACUCUACUCGGUGCCUAUCCGGUUUCGUGGCCUCUAUGCGUUGGGAUGCAUCUUCUUUAUCCUCAACAUCGUUCUGUUUUUAUUCAAUGUCGCCAUGAUAUCCUGCCGGUUUUACUUUUACCCACGCACCUUCAAGGCGUCGUUUUUGCAUCCGACUGAGAGCUUAUUUAUACCGGCUGCGCUUGUUAGCUUUGGCAUUAUCUUGAUCAAUGUCAGCCAGUAUGGUGUUGAUAUGGCUGGUGUGGGAGAGUGGUUAGAGAAGUGUAUGGUUGUGUUGUUUUACAUGGACUGCGGGCUUGCUGUUUGCUUCUCCAUUGGCAUCUACUUGCUCAUGUGGUCGACGACGACGUUUACAAUCUCCCAGAUGACGCCUAUUUGGAUCUUCCCUGCGUACCCGCUCCUCAUCAUCGGCCCUCAUGCAGGAAAUCUCGCGCCCAAGGUCAACGACCCAGCGAUAUCCCUCGCCAUCAUCCUGACCGGCUACGUCAUCCAAGGCAUUGGCUUUCUGGUUUCGCUGAUGAUAUAUGCUGCCUUUAUCUACCGCCUCAUGACACAAAAGCUUCCGAAGGAAUCUCUCCGCCCGGGUAUGUUCAUCAGCGUCGGUCCCUCUGGAUUCACCAUCGCAGGAGUGGUGAUGAUGGGCCAAGAGCUUCCGAAUACGGUGCCUAGCGACUUCAUGGGCGAAGGAAACGGCGAGCUAGCAGGAAAGGUCGGCAUGAUAUGCGCAAACUACCUUGGAUUGUGGCUUUGGGGAUUGGCCCUCUGGUUCUUCUUCGUGAGUGUCGGUGCGCAUUGGUCAUGCGCCAGGCGCGGCAAGAUGGACUUUGCAAUGACGUGGUACUCGUUCGUCUUCCCCAACACGGCCCUCACAACAUCAACCUUUGCCAUCGCUCGCGCUCUGAACGGCAACAAACCCAUCGAAUACAUUGGCUGCGCAAUGACGAUUGCACUCAUCAUGAUGUGGUUCUUCGUCAUCAUCAUGAACGUCCGCGCCGUCAUCAUCAAGCAGAUUCUGUGGCCAGAGAAGCAGGAAGAUAGGACUGAGGGUGGCUGGAAACAACAGAGUGCCGAAGAUCAACAGAGGCGACAAAGAGAAAGAGACUUGGCAGAUGGCGGAGAGAGCUUGAGGGGUAGAGCCUGGAGCCGUGCGCGCAGACUACCGAGGAGGGAGACGUUUGGCAGGGAUACUUAUGCUACAGAAGGGGGCAAUGGUGCACCGUUGCCGCAGUUGACGAGGGCGCGGACAGAGACUGCGGCGAGGAAGAGAGGCUGGAGUUUCCGAGGAUCGGUGCGCUGA